CGCUCAAAAGAUUCAUUCCAGGUGGUCGACGUUAGCAUGUGCGGCGGCGAGGAUGGCUCACAAGCAGGGCUACGCCCGCAGCAACCCUCUCCACCUAGACUCGAUCCAGCGACAAAUGAUAAAGCCGUAGCCGCAGCGGCAGCGGCAGCACCAGCUGCAGCUCCCUCCAUGAUCGCAAACCGAUCGAGUGCAUUCACGCCAGAAGUAUCGAAACGUCGUCGACAGAAGCAGCUUGCCUCCAUCCUCUCUCUCUCCUCUGCGAUGAUCUCUGCAGCUGAGGAGAAAUGCGGACUCGCGACGACGAUGUACGACUGGAUUGACAGGCACGUCCAGACACUCGACUUGGAGCUGCAGAAGAGUGAGAGCGAGCUGGGGGGGAUUAGCGUGCGUCGGGGGACGAGCUGGAGUGGUGCGCUGCGUGAGGCUCAAGGUCUAGAUGCUGGCAAGGGCGGCGCAGGCGGCACUGGUGGCGCCGGCCGCAAGAGAAAGGGUGCUUCGACAGGCCUCGAUGGUGACGUUUCCGCCUCUGCCGGCACAUCAAAUGCGCCGAAGAAACUCAAGGGUACGAUGGCGACGCUCUCGCGAAAGGCGAGUAGCAAGAAGAAAUGGCGCGUGGCGGAGCUGAUGGAGGAGGCCUCGCUUGAAGGCCCUCCACCAACACUCAACGGCCUCGGCUCGGUGGCUGCAGCGAUGGCCGCUGCGCAGCGUUUGGAGGGCGAACCCACGUACUGCUAUUGUGAUUCCAUCAGCUUUGGCGCGAUGAUUCAAUGCGACAACAGCGACAGUUGCCCGAUCGAGUGGUUCCACUGGCCGUGCAUCGGCUUGCAGACCGAGCCAAAGAGCAAGUGGUACUGCGCUUACUGCCGUCCCAAGGGAUGGAAGGGCCCUGGCAUGGACGUACCGCCGAUGGCCCCGAAAGCGCCACCGUAGUAUCAAAAAGGCUUGAUUGGCGGGGCGUGGGCGUCUGGAGGUGCAGCGAAUGCAGCAACCGGGAAAAUGCAGUAGUAAAUGAUGGUCGUAGCUGCCAAAGUACUGUGCGGAUUGUAGCUUGCUGCCAUCAAAGCCUUCUUGGUACCGAAUUUCGAUUGUCUGUCCCUAGAGGCAUUGAUUGAGCUGCAGGUACGGAACGGAAGGGUGUCGCACGGCCCAGAAUGCAAGCG